UUGAAGGCGUACAAGAAAAAUAAAUGUCAAAAACUCAUCGAUGUUGAGAAAGAAGUGAGGAAGAAACGAACGAGUGAGCUGUUCAGAAGAUUUGGGAAUAGACGACAUUUAAGGAUUCUCUUAAUGGAUGAGAAGUUGUUCACAGCAGAACAGGUGGUCAGCCAGCGGAACGACCGCGUCUCUGCUGCUUCAUAUCCGCACGCGACUGUCAUCCUGUUUCCGUCAUGGUUUUUGCUGGAAUCACGGCUGAUGGCAAGUCACCACUGUGGUUCGUUCCCGAAAGGACUAAACAGAAACUGCUCCCCUGGACUAAUUCUCACAUUAUGGCCCGCUUCUGGACCUUCCAGAAGGAUGGAGCCCCCGCUCACAGGUCGACUACGGUGCAACAGUGGUGCAAGGAAAACUUGCUCCGGCUUGCUCUCCGAGCUUGAAUCCCAUGGACUACAUUUUGACCUUGUUGAAGAUGCUAUUGUGGCCCAACUAGACAGUGCAUGUGGAGCCAUCAAUGUCACCAUGAGGAAGUUCAAAAAGUCGGUAUUAUAG